GAAUCUUCCCAGUCCCUCGCUUCAGCUAACGUACAAAACGUCUUCCCUGAGACUAUAAAGCGAUACACAGCCACGACUCUGGCAUCAAAAGAAAAAAGUUCCUCUUCCGUUUCUUGCUAACAGGCCCAAUGCCGGGCAAGUGAAUUCCCCAAUCAAGACAGGAGGGAGGCUGACAGUAAAGAGAAGAAAGAGAAAAAAAAACACAUGAGAGACCAAAUCCUUGCUCAUUGAGUAACCGCUAACAAUUAGAGUGCAUUUCUUCAGAGCUUUUUAACACUCACCUCUGCAGUCAGAGGGGAAGAGGCCGUCUUGCCACUGAGAUGGUUCUCGGCUUGAGCGGACUCCUGUUGAGCUCGGCGCCCCAUCCUGGGCCCCUGUAAGGAGAGAUGAGGGGCACUGCUGACCCAGAUGUCUCUGAGCCACUAUGAGGAGGACAAUUCUGCAAAGAAGCAGGGACCAGAAGCAAUGGCCGAGGGAGAAGACAAGCCGAGGUGCUGGUGACCUGGGCGUCCAAGUGGAUUAUUGGGGCUACUCUCCAGGGGCUGUCCCCUUGCAUUCCAAUUGCACAUAAGCCCGCAUCCCAGCCAAUGAAGAUGAGAGGCAGCAUGAACAAAGUCAUUUAGAAAGCCCCCGAGGAAGUGUAAACAAAAGAGAAAGCAUGAAUGGUGUGCCCGAGAGACAAGUGUGUCCUGCGCUGCCCCCACCUUUAGCUGGGCCAGCAGCAGCCUAGCCCUGCCUCUCCCCACCUACUCACUGGGAUCCGACUUUUUAAAAAAAAAAUUUUUUUUCUUUGCUUUUCCAUCCUCUUUUCUUAUUCUCCUUCAGGGCAACGCAAAGAUUUUGAUUUUUGGGACCCAGCCAUGGUCCUUCUGCUCCCUCUUUAAAAUACCCACUUUCUCCCCAUCGCCAAGCGGCGUUUGGCAAUAUCAGAUAUCCGCUCUAUUUAUUUUUACCUAAGGAAAAACUCCAGCUCCCUUCCCACUCCCAGCUGCCUUGCCACCCCUCCCAGCCCUCUGCUUGCCCUCCACCUGGCCUGCUGGGAGUCAGAGCCCAGCAGAACCUGUUUAGACACAUGGAGAAGAAACCCAGAGCUUCAAGGCACACAGUCGGCUUCUUCGUGCUCAGGGUUGCCAGCGCUUCCUGGAAGUCCUGAAGCUCUCGCAGUGCAGUGAGUUCAUGCACCUUCUUGCCAAGCCUCAGUCUUCGGGAUCUAGGGAGGCCGCCUGGUUUUCCUCCCUCCUUCUGCACGUCGGCUGGGGUCUCCUCCUCACCAGGCCUCGCAGCCCCCGGGCCUCUCUCCCCGGCUCACGCAUGAAGAUGCACUUGCAAAGGGCUCUGGUGGUCCUGGCCCUGCUGAACUUUGCCACGGUCAGCCUCUCCAUGUCCACUUGCACCACCUUGGACUUCGACCACAUCAAGAGGAAGAGGGUGGAAGCCAUUAGGGGACAGAUCUUGAGCAAACUCAGGCUCACCAGUCCCCCCGAUCCAUCGAUGUUGGCCAACAUCCCCACCCAGGUCCUGGACCUUUACAACAGCACCCGGGAGCUGCUGGAGGAGGUGCACGGGGAGAGGGGAGACGACUGCACUCAGGAAAACACCGAGUCGGAGUACUAUGCCAAGGAAAUCUAUAAAUUCGACAUGAUCCAGGGGCUGGAGGAGCACAAUGAUCUGGCCGUUUGCCCCAAAGGAAUCACCUCCAAGAUUUUCCGCUUCAACGUGUCGUCAGUGGAGAAAAACGAAACCAACCUGUUCCGGGCAGAAUUCCGGGUCUUGCGGAUGCCCAACCCCAGCUCCAAGCGCAGCGAGCAGAGGAUUGAGCUCUUCCAGAUCCUCCAGCCCGAUGAGCACAUAGCCAAGCAGCGCUACAUCGACGGCAAGAACCUGCCCACGCGGGGUGCCGCCGAGUGGCUGUCCUUCGACGUCACAGACACUGUGCGUGAAUGGCUCUUGAGAAGAGAAUCCAACUUGGGUCUGGAAAUCAGCAUUCAUUGUCCGUGUCACACCUUUCAGCCCAACGGGGAUAUCUUGGAAAACAUUCAAGAGGUGAUGGAAAUCAAAUUCAAAGGUGUGGACAGUGAGGAUGAUCCGGGCCGUGGAGACCUGGGGCGACUUAAGAAGAAGAAGGAACACAGCCCUCAUCUAAUCCUCAUGAUGAUUCCUCCAGACCGGCUAGACAACCCAGGCCUGGGGGCUCAGAGGAAGAAGCGGGCCCUGGACACCAACUACUGCUUCCGCAAUUUGGAGGAGAACUGCUGUGUGCGCCCUCUCUACAUUGACUUCCGACAGGAUCUGGGCUGGAAGUGGGUCCAUGAACCUAAGGGCUACUAUGCCAACUUCUGCUCAGGCCCUUGCCCGUACCUCCGCAGUGCAGACACAACCCACAGCUCGGUGCUGGGGCUGUACAACACCCUGAACCCCGAAGCCUCGGCCUCUCCGUGCUGCGUGCCCCAGGACCUGGAGCCCCUGACCAUCCUGUACUACGUCGGGAGGACCGCCAAGGUGGAGCAGCUCUCUAACAUGGUGGUGAAGUCCUGCAAGUGCAGCUGAGCCCCGCCUGCCACCCAGAGAGGGAGGAGAAUUGCCACUGCCUGCCUGCCUGCUCCUCGGGAAACACAAAAGCAACAGACCUCACCUCGAGGCCUGGAGCCCACAACCUUCAGCUCCACGCAAGUGGCCGAGACGGAGGUUCCCUUUCGGAACAUUUCUCUUUCUUGCUGGCUCUGAGAAUCACUGUAGUAAAGAAAGUGUGGGUUUGAUUAGGGGAAGGUUGAACUCUUCAGAACACACGGAUUUUCUGUGACGUAGACAGAGGUGGUGGGGACAGAGGAAGAGGGAUGGCAAGCGGAUGCCGCGUGGGGCCAUGGGAUUUGGGAUACCCAAGGGAGGAGGAAGGGCAGAGAAUGGCCAGGACAGGGCCAGACUGGAAGAUGCUUGGAGCUGAGGUCAGAUGGCUCAUCGCCGCCCCAAGUCUGCUCUAGGGAAUCUGGAUUACGUCAUACAAGGCAAGUGUUUUUCUUCAGACAGGUUCCCAAGACAAAGUCCCAGAACUGUACCUUAUACUUACCUGGGGUUAAGGACAAAUCUGUUAGUUUUGCAAAUUGUCCCAUGGACAUCAGUCAGCAUCAAGGGUCACUACAGGGAGAAAAUCCAGGUAAGGUAGUUCCCGGGCCGUCCACUAUAUUGGGCCCUAUGGAUAUGCUGAACUCAGAAGCAGAGGGUGGGAAAUUAACCCUCUCUGUUCUGCCCCCUGGGUUCCUCCUCUCGCCUUCUUCCUUGAUUGUAUUUCUCCUUGGACAUUUGGCUAGACACCUUCCAGGUCAGGGCGCACAUUUCUGGAGUGUGGGUCUGUGCAGCCCUGGGGCAUUAUGGGUUUCCUCUCCUGACCCCUCUAAGACCUUGUGCUCAUCUGGUGUUCCUGGAAGCAGGUGCUACAACGUGUGAGGCGUGCGGGGAAAUUGCACACGUGCCACACAAUGACUUGGCCCCAGAUGCAUAGACUGAGGUAUAAAGACAAAUACAAAUAUUACUCUCAAAAAUCUUUGUAUAAAUAAAUAUUUUUUGGGGAAUCUUGGAUCAUUUCAUCUUCUGGAAGAUUGUUUCUAAACAAUAAAGGCCUUAUUCUAAGGUGUAA